CGGUACGAGUCUAUCGAGUCAUUUUCACCCAAGGAAGAAGAAGAAGAAGAACGUGGCUUCCGGCUAAACAGUAAACACAUGUGGCAGCGAUAGUUUUACCCUUUAGGUGUUCCAGCAAUGACGCGAUGGGCCAGAGCCAACAACGUCCACAAACACAAACCUGCUGAGGCAACACCCUGGAGCCAGCUUAGAACCAGAGGGGGAGGAGUAGGGAAGGGUCGUCCAGGCCCUUUUGGAGGUUCAGGAGGUGCUAGUUCUAGCCAUGGUCCUGGGGGUUGGGGAAGAGGUAGGGGAGGAGGGGGAGACCCUCUGAGGCGAACGCAGCUCGGCGAUGCUGGGAUUAAGAAGCCCUGUCGGAAGAAGAAAGACUACGACAAUGAGGAUGUGAACGGCUUCAUGGAAUACCUUCAGAGUGGCGGGGCUGGGACGUCCAGGGGAGGUGGAGGGGCAGGGAUGGGGGGACUCAGGGAAGAGGUAGAGACAGCCCUGAAGAAAGACAGGAGGAGAGAGGACAGGAGGAUUAAGAGACAGGAUGACAAGAAGAGCGGCAUGGUGUGUUUUAACUGUAGGAAGUCUGGCCACGGGUUGGCUGACUGUCCGGAGGCGGACCGAGACGAGGAGAUGGGAAGGGAAAUCUGCUACCGCUGUGGAUCCACAGAACAUGAGAUCCAACGCUGCCGUGCUAAAAUAGAUCCUGCUCUAGGGGUGAGGCCAUGGGUGGGCCUUGGAGGGCAUACGCCCACCCACUGGGGAGCCAGGCCCAGCCACUGGGGAGCCAGGCCCAGCAAUCAGAAUGAGUUUUUCCUCACAGAAGGGCUUUAGUACAGACAAAAAUACUCCUCCGUUUCAUCGGGUGGCUGGUCUCAGACGAUCACGCCGGGAAGAUGCCGGAUGUGGAGGUCCUUCUUCCCCUUCUAUUUUUGUGUGUAUGGAACAUUUCUGGGAUCUUUUAUUUCAGCUCAUAAAACAUGGGACCAACACUUUCACAUUUUGUUACUUUACAGCCUAAUUCUAAAAUGGAUUAAAUUGUUUUUUUUUCACCCUCUCAUCAAUCUACACAUUACCUCAUAAUGACAAAUCACACCUUUGAAAGUGACUACAGCCUUGAGUCUUCUUGGAUAUGACGCUAUAAGCUUGGCACACCUGUAUUUGGGGAGUUUCUCCCAUUUUACUCUGCAAAUCCUCUAGCUCUGUCAGGUUGGAUGGGGAGUAUCGCUGCACAGCUAUUUUCAGGUCUCCGGAGAUGUUUGAUCGGGUUCAAGUGUGGGCUCUGCCUGGGCCAAUCAGACAUUCAGAGACUUGGCCCGAAGGCACUCCUGCGUUGUCUUGGCUCUGUGCUUAGGGUCGUUGUCCUGCUGGAAGGUGAACCUUCGCCCCAGUCCUGUUCCUGAGGUCUUUGGAGUGCUCUGGAGCAGAUUUUCAUCAAGGAUCUCUCUGUACUUUGUUCCAUUCAUCUUUCCUUCGCUCCUGACAAGUCUCCCCGUCCCUGCCACCGAAAAACAUCCCCACAGCAGGAUGCUGCCACCACCAUGUUUCACCGUAGGGAUGGUGCCAGGUUUCCUCCAGACGUGACGCUUGGCAUUCAGGCCAAAGGUUCAAGCUUGGUUUCAUCAGACCAGAGUAUGUUGUUUCUCAUGGUCUGAGAGUCUUUAGGUGCCUUUUGGCAAACUGCAAGCGGGCUGUCAUGUGCCUUUUACUGAGGAGUGGCUUCUGUCUGGCCACUCUACCAUAAAGGCCUGAUUGGUGGAGUGCUGCAGAAAUUGUUGUCCUUCUGGAAGGUUCUCCCAUCUCCACAGAGGAACUCUGGAGCUCAUUGGGUUCUUUGUCACCUCCCUGAAUAAAGCCCUUCUCCCCUGAUUGCUCAGUUUGGCCGGGCAGCCAGCUCUAGGAACACUCUUGGUGGUUCCAAACUUCUUCCAUUUAAGAAUGAUGGACACCACUGUGUUCUUGGGGACCUUCAAUGCUGCAGACAUUUUUUUGUUACCCUUCCCCAGAUCUGUGCCUUGACACACUCCUGUCUUGGAGGUCUACGGACAAUUCCUUCGACCUUAUGGCUAGGUUUUUUGCUCUGACAUGCACUAUCAACUGUGGGACCCGACAUAGACAGUUGUGUGCCUUUCCAAAUCAUGUCUAAUCAAUUGAAUUUACCACAGCUGGACUCUAAUCAAGUUGUGAAAACAUCAAGGAUGAUCAAUGGAUUUGAUUGAAUGUGUGUUUGUUUCUCUCUCUCUCUCUCUCUCUGUCUC